GGACAUAAUGUUGGGCAAGGCAAAGGAAGAGGCAGAGGCCGAAACCAACAAAGACCCACAAGUCAGUCUGUAGGAAUGGCACCUCCACAAGCUGCUCCAGACCAAAGGCAACAUCAAGCUUGGGGUCAGUCAGCCCAGCCUCGACAAUCAGUUUGGGGAAGAGAAACUCAGCAUCAGCAACCAGCAGAACAAUUAGCUCAGCCUCAGCAGUCGUUUUGGGGCCAGAAAAAACAGCAGCCACAACAACGAGAGCCACAGCAGCAACAACAACAAGAGACACCACAACAACAACGACAAGAGAUACCGCAACAACAACGACAAGAGAUACCGCAACAACAACGUCAAGAGAUACCGCAACGACAGCCAGAGCCACAUCAACGACAGCCACAGCCGCAACAGCAACCAACAUCUUCUCCUGGAACUCUAAGACAAAGUUCAGAUAUUCAAGCGACCACUGGUCAACUUGAAAAAAUGACCAUUAAGGAGCAAUCGCUGAGCCAAUCCAAAACGGCUGCUCAAGCAAGAAAAGAAUAUGAUUCUUGGUAUGCCAAAAUUCCUAAACGCAAAGAUCCCAUGAAAGCUGGUACGCAGGGACGACCGAUUGAAGUCAUCACUAAUAUGAUGGCUGUUAGAUUUGGGAAAAACUUUAGAUCUAACGUUAUUCAUUACGACGUUGAUAUACAGCCAAAUGUUCCCAAAUAUUUGAUGAGGCCGGUUUUCAAUAAAAUAAGACAAGAACAUUUUUCAAACAGAUACCCAGCAUUUGAUGGAAAAAAGAAUGCUUACUCUGCGGGAAUGUUACCUUUUGGUGAAAUAUCGCCAACAUAUGAAGUGAAAAUUCCAAAUGAAGACGGCAGAGAAAAAGAAUUCAAAGUUACUUUGAAAAUUGCAAACGUACUUGAUUUAUCAUGGCUGAAAGAUGUAAGACCAGGUUUACAAGAUGAUGAGAAAAGUCAAACUGCCAUUCAGGCAUUGGAUAUUAUACUGCGCAGUGCUCCAGCAUUAACAUCCAUAACAGUAGGGCGAUCAUUCUUUCGUCCGCCCCAAGGGCAACCCGUGUAUCUUGGUAGUGGUAUGGAUUUGUGGGUUGGUCUUUUUCAAUCUGCUGUACUAGGAUGGAAACCAUUUUUAAAUGUUGAUGUGGCUCAUAAAGCUUUUCCAAAAUCCCAAAAUGUUAUUGAUUUGAUGAAAUCAAUUUGUGGCAUUGAUAAUCAGUCUGAUCAAGGUGGUGGUGGCUACCAAGGUGGACGGGGUGGCAGAGGAGGUGGUGGUAGAGGAAGUGAUAGGGGUGGUAGAGGAGGUGAUAGAGGCGGAAGAGGAGGAUAUCAAGGAGGCCAAAGAUAUCAAGGAGAUCAAGGUCAAGGUGGUGGUGGUGGUGGUGAAUUAACACCAGAUUUAGUUCACCGUUACAGGGAUGAUAUUGUAAAGUUUUUAAAAGGUUUGAAAGUCACGAUCCAAGUUCCUGGUCAGGACCAAAGAACUCAACGCGUCAAUGAUCUUGUCAAAUCUCCAAGAGAUAAUAUAUUUGAACGUGAUGGUAAUAAAAUCACUGUUGAAAGGUACUAUGCUAUGGAAAAAAAAUAUAAGAUCCAGUAUCCAACCUUACCAUGUCUCUGGGUUGGCUCUAGAGAUAAGCUUAUUUAUGUUCCACCUGAAAUAUGUACGAUUGUUGCGGGUCAAGCUACACAGAAGAAACUUGAUGAAACUCAGACAUCCAAUAUGAUUCGUGCCGCGGCAACAGAUACCGAUCGUAGAAAACAAAAAAUUAUGGAUGCUUGUCAUCCCAUACAGCAUAACCAGAAUUCUUCCAUGAGGGAAUUUGAUAUUUCAAUCAGUGGAGAGUUUGAAAAAGUUCCUGCUCGAGUAUUAGAUCCUCCCCCAAUACAGUACUAUAGCAAUAACGUCGCUAGAGUUGCUAAGGGUGUAUGGCGUGCCAACAAAUUUCAAGAACCAACAAACAAAAUUAGAGAAGACAACUCGUGGACUAUUUUAAAUGUUGAUAGCAGGACGAGAGAUGGUGCUCUUUAUAAUUUGGAAAGUGAACUGAGAAGAAUGGGUCCAAAUUUGGGGGUACCUAUUGGUAAAGCCAAAACUCCUUUUGAGACCGUACAAUGGAGAGGUAACGACACCCGACCUUUGCGUGAUUAUUUUAUGAAUAACAAGAAUCUGAAUUUAGUCGUUGUUAUCAUUCCGGACACAAAAGGAUAUUACAGCAGAGUAAAGCAGAUGUCUGAACUUAGUGUUGGUGUCCUAACGAGUUGCUUGAAAGGAAAAACAAUAUUUGGACCAAAAUUCAACGAUGCAACAGUUACAAACAUACUAUUGAAAAUUAAUACCAAGUUAACUGGUGUCACUCAUUCCUUGGCAAACUAUCAACCGUUUAUGAAUAUUGCAAAUCAGUUUAUGAUUAUUGGUGCUGAUGUCACUCAUCCAUCCCCAGAUGCCCUUGAUAUUCCAUCCAUCGCUGCCGUCACAGCUAGUCAUGAUCUAUCAAACUUUAAAUACAAAAUUGAAAUAAGAUUGCAGCCUCCGCGAGAGGAAAUGAUUUUGGAAUUGACAGAAAUCAUGAAAAACAAUUUGUUGUAUUUUUAUAGGUGUAAUGGACAAAGGAAGCCAACGAAAUUGUUUUAUUUUAGAGACGGUGUGAGUGAGGGACAAUUUGGUCAAGUAUUAGCAAAAGAAUUGACUGCCAUAAAAAGAGCCUGUAAACUCCUGGAACCCGAUUACGAGCCAAAAAUAACAUUUUUGGUAGUCCAAAAAAGACAUCACAUAAGGUUAUUCCCGACCGACCCCAGAAAUAGCGAUGAUCGAAACAAGAAUGUUCAAGCUGGAACAAUUGUCGAUACGCAUAUAACGCACCCUUCCCACAUUGACUUUUAUCUAAUAUCUCAUGCCAGUAUACAAGGUACUGCUAGGCCUACGAAAUAUAGGUGCUUAUGGGAUGACUCGAACCUGACGGAAAACCAAAUCGAGCAGCUUACUUAUUACUUGUGUCACAUGUUUUGCCGCUGUACAAGGUCCGUGAGUUAUCCGGCACCAACGUAUUACGCGCAUCUUGCUGCUUUCCGAGCAAGAGCUCUUACCCAAGACAUUAAUAUCGAUCUCAGUAGGCUCCAACAAGAGCAGGUUAAAGUCCAGGUUAAAUCAGAAAUAAUCGAUAAAUUACCAAUGUUUUUCGUUUAAUUCACUUCAAAUGUUUAUUUUUUAAAGUGCAGUCAUGAUAAAAGUGUCUACACGACAAUAAUGUUACGGUACUUUGAAUACUGUUUUUUUUUUUUUCUUUAUCUAUUUCACAUUUAUAAAUCUCAAUUCUUGUGACAUUUCCAUACAUAAAAAUUUGUUUGAUGUAUUUUUUCAUACGAAUAAAGUAAAUACUGCAU